CCGGCUCGUAGGCAGCCAAGACAAGACAGCGGGAAACUCGUUUCGCUUGUUACGCCGCUUUUGUGCUAAAAUCAUAGAAUAAAGCUAAAAUUGUGUUGUUAAAUCAGCCGCUUCGUCUUAACUCGGGUCUUUUGUGUCCUUAUGAAGCUAUGAACCUCGUUAAGUUCAAAGACGUGCUUAACGGCGAAAUAGGAAGGUACGUCAAGAUCGUUGGAUGUGUCGUGGAAUUUGAUGACCACCAAUUUGUGGCUGUUGUUGAAGAUGCCAGGCGGAACAAACUUCCAGUUCGCCUGCUGCCCACGGAGUUGUGCCUGGACAUUCAUAGGUUUCAGAUGUUCAUCUUCAAUGGCAUCGUUGCACGGAGAUAUGAGAACGAAGACGAGCGCUGUCUACAAGUUCUGAACUUUACGCAAGUUGAUUAUGGAUUGAACAUGAAAGAAUUCGAGGACGUACAAAGGCUCAGGGGAGAGGUGUUGGAAGAGUGUAUUGCCGUGAACUCCAAGGUUGCAAAUGAAGUGCUAUUGGAUCUUAGUGACAAAGUGGAAUUUAUGGUUGAGGACUGGGAUGAGUGCCUUGAAGUGGUUGUCAACCACACUGACCGAGACAGGCAGUUCCCCAUGGACGAGAACAGUGUGUCCUUGGAGGAGUUUGUCUUUGGAAGCUGCGACGACCAUCGUCUGAAGUGCUUGAGGCCUCUGCCGUUCAUCUAUGAGGAUCUGGUAAAACAAGUGUUCCAGGCAGUUGGGGAAGAGCGGUAUAUAUCACUGGUUAUCAAGCGGUUCCUUGACAGGCUUGUGGGCUGAUGGCAGAAGCACGUGUAAACUUGAAUAUGUUUCUCUUUUGAGCAUUGUGCUAGUGGCAACCCCACAUAAGUGAUUCAGCGUAUUCAUUUUGAUGUUUUUUGACAAGUCUGUAAUGCCAUGUCUUUCAAAUUUGCCAUCUGUCGUCCCUUUACACAAUUUGGGAACACAAGAUGGUAAGUUUGUGUCUAUAAUAACUUAAUAUAUAGUGUUUAUAAUAUGUAUAGAAUCUAGAAGGGAGGAUGGGCCAAGUGCUCUUUUUCUUGUGUUUAAUAUCAUAAACAAAUUUGGUACUCUAUGUUCCAGUUUGCUAUACAGGUCCAUUAGUCUUAAGUGGUGUGGGCCCCAAAGUGAGAGUGCAAGUAAAAGACCACGUUGAAAUCACAUAAUGUGGCAAAUGGGAAAAUGAUAAGAAUCUUUGCUGCUAGCCCCUAACAUGUUCAUGCUUAAUUUGUUUGUGAUAGUAUUAUUACCACAUCUACUUAUUUUUCAUGUGAACCUGAACAUCUUACCAGCAAAUGUUGCUCAGUGGUAACCGUUUGCAAAUAACAAAAACAGUACAAGCAUUCAGUAUUUACGCACAAGAACAACAUGUACAUGUACUGUGUACUUGUUGGCUAUUGCCAUUUUCACUGUUAUAAGCAAGAACUGCAUUGCUGCAAUUGUGUUGCAAAGUAAAUAGGCACGUGGCCACAUUUUACCUUUUUUGAUAAUGCAUGUCAAUGGAGGACCUUUCUGAUGUAUACAUUAAUCUACUUAAAUAUACUUCUCUGCUAUUCUCAAGCUGGAAUCUUGAAUUAUAAAAUGUCCGUAUAAUACGUAACAUGUAACCAGCUGAAUCGUGAGCAUCCAAUUUUAUAUCCUUCCAUUUUUUAUAUUGUAUUUAUCUGAAUGCCAGCUCAUUUCCAUAUGUGCAUUAUUUACUCACUUUUCAGUGUCAUUGUAAAAAUACUUUCAUUACAUUGAAUUAUACAUACAUCUGUGCAAUAAAUGUAACAAGUUGAAACAACAUUGUCAGCAUUUAGCAUAAUAAAAUAUACAUAAGUUUUGACAUACAUAAA